AUGGUGGCGUUGAACAUUCCAAGAACCGACCCGACUGGACCGGAACAAUUCAUGCCAGGGAACUUCAGUCAACCCAGUCAACCUAGCAAACACGUCGCAUUAUUUCUACGAUCACCAGCACGUCUACUGGUAGAAACCGCUCAUUAAUCCACAUGUGUAGCAGCAUAUCGUGAAAAAUGGCGUCGAAGAGCCAAAGAUGGCUGGUUGAUUCGGGAAUUCUACGUAAAAAGAAUUGUGAAGAGGAACCGCAGGAGCUGUUGGUGUUCGGAUAUAGCUGCAAAUUAUUUCGGGACGAUGAGAAGGCGAAAAUGAUUGAUCAGGGGAAGCAUUUGAUACCAUGGAUGGGCGAUAACACAUUGAAGAUAGACAGUACUUUUAACGCUUAGAGGAAUGAUAUCUCAGACCAAAAGACAAAGUGAGAUGCCGAUCAGAUGGAAGAAUUCAAGUUCGGCACCUGCACAAUUAAUAAUGUAUGGAUAAGCAAUCUGGAGACUGUUUAAGGUUUCCGCAGGUGUUCAAGCCGCGAAGGCGCUGUGUGGCAGCGCGAAAUGCGCUCUGCACGGGCGCAGAGUAAGGUGCUUUCUUGAAGUGGUGCCUCCGGCUGACCGUCGGCGCUGCAGCAAGGUGAGACACAGCGUAGAGAGACAAAAGGCUGCUGACGACUGCACGUAUUGCAGUCGCUCAGCAUGGUAUGUAUUAGCGUCACUAUAGUCAGAAGGGACAGGAACAACGACUAAAUGUUGGAUCAAACAAAAUUUAGUUCUGCUCACAUUUUAGUCCAAUGUUACUAUUCUAAAAUAUAUCAUUGAAAAUUAAUUUGAAUGGAAAUUUUUCAACUCUGACAAAUUAUAUUCCUAUAACUCGUUUACGUACAGUUAUAAUAUAUUCCUUACAACAUACUUUUCCCUUAUUGGGUCUAUCUUAAAUUUGUUCACGACUGGUUUCCAUUAUUUUACUCAGUCAAACAUUAAUGGACAUGACAGUUUAGGCAUUAUCUACUGCCAGUACAGUAUAGGAUCAUUUAAUUGUUUGAAAUAUUGAAUAACAAACGUGUCUUUGUCGUCAUUCACAGGAUUCACCCUGGCGAUAUAUGCUUACCAAGGCUGUUUUAUUUUCAGAUGCUGACUGCAGCCAUAACCUUUUACACCUUAAACAUUUUCCUUCUUUAAUUCGACAAUUAUAUGUCUCUAGAUACGAUGGACGUGGAGCCUUGGGGGACUUAAGGAUACAUGAGCCUCCUACUGGUGGCUUUGACCAACGUACAAUCCUUACGGAAGAUGAACUGAAGGUUGAACAACUGUGUGAUGAGGAGCGAUAUAGAUCUCUGUAUAGUAACGAUGCAGAGGAGACAAUGUAUCAUGAAGAGGAGAUGAAGAGACUGCACCAAGCGCUGGAUUCGGAAAACACUUACGGCCAAGUAGCGUACAACUAUAAUGAAGAUGAAGACAGCCAAAAAGCCACAUGUGAAGAUUCACAAAGUUCAAAACAGUCCGAAGGUUCUCAAGAAGAGGAGGAUCAAGCUUUCCUUCCGCCUCCCGAACUCGAGAUUCCACGGGGCGUUAUGCUUCCUGAAACACAAAAGCUGAAUGCAAUCAUAACAAAGACCGCACUUUUUAUAAGUCGUCAAGGUGGCCAAAUGGAGAUCCUAAUAAAAGCCAAACAAGCAAACAACCCGCAAUUCGCUUUCCUCUCAAUAGAUGGUGCGCUACAUCCAUACUACAGAUAUAUGCUAGAAGCCAUUAAAUCUGGGAAAUAUAACCCAGAGAAGCAGCCUGAAAAAGAAGAAUCUGACCCUGAGGAAGAGUCCGAUGGAGAUGACGGCAGUUACCUUCACCCGAGUCUCGCGCCGUCAUUUACAAAAGUGGAAGCGGCACCCAGUAUACCGAGCAUACAGUACAAGCCCUCGGCAGAUUGUGCCUAUUCCAUGCUAGUCAAUAAAAUCACUGGGAAGCCGCCACCGUCGAAGAUGCCACCUCAACAGACCGAAGUACCGGCUCAGCCAAUGCCGCCACCAACUGAAUACUAUCAUCAGGUGCCGUCGCAGGGGUACCCGACCUGUUCUACAACACCACAACAGUACUCUCAUGGUCCGGUAAUAUACGGUCCUAAUGGUCAAGUACAGUCACCAGCUCAAAUUGUAUCCUCAUGCGUACCAUCCAUUCCAUCAUACAGUGACGUCCACGUGACUCAAUCACAAAUCAAAGAUUCAUUAGUGGCUCCAUUAGUUCCCUAUGGUCCUGCACCCCCUAAACCACUGAGUAGGCCAUCGUUUAUCGUACCACCAGCAGACGUUCAAAUAAUCAUUGACAAAAUGGCUAGUUACGUGGCUAAGAACGGUCGGGACUUCGAGGCCAUUGUGAAGAAUAAGGGUGACCCUAGAUUCAACUUUCUUGAACUAUCUCACCAAUACCAUGGUUAUUACGCUCACAAAUUGACCAUGUACGAGGGUGCUAUAAAUCCCAGAGUCCUCACAGAGGAAGAACUUCUUCAGAAGCAAGAACCGCAAGAGGAAAAACAGAAAAAACUCGAGGAGUUGCAAAAGAAACAGCAAAGAAUGGAGGAAGUGCAGAAAAGAGUGAAGAUGAUACAGGCAAAGAAGAAGAGCGACGUCAAAGGUGAACAGAAUACGGGAAACAAACAAAUUACCACGGUCUCUUUUUCAAUAAAAAAGCCCAAGGAAGGUGAAGCAACAGUUAUGGAGAAGCGCAGCGCAUUGCCAAUGGAAGAAAGCGAUGAUGAGAGCGAGAAUGACAGGAAAGAGGUGAACUCGAAAUCCAAUUCGCCGCAAAACCUUAUCGAAGACGUACUAAGUACAAAAACAGAGAAGGAAACAUCAAGGGAGGAGGAGAAAAGACCAAAAAUUGAGGAGCGUGACUUUGUCGAUCUUACCGAUGAUAUUCUGGAGGAUUGCCAGAAGGAGGCCAGGAACAAACAGGCAGAGGAGAGAAUUAAGGACAAAUUGGCUGCUGCCGCAAGAGACAAGCUGGCAGCGACCUCCAGAGAAAGGUUAUUGCAGCUGGAAAGGAAGAAAAAGGCGGCUAUGUUUCUUAGCCAAAUUCAAGCACCAGUAACGAAUAAACCAAUCAUUACAAUGGCAAUAAAUUUGACCGCCAAUCUUAAGAAAGAUGCAGACUCGGACGAAGUGCAUUCGGUGCCGUCACCGACGCUCGAGAACGACGACUGCGAGGAAUCCAAGAGUAACAGUAAUACUCUGAUGAACAGACUGAAGAGUGCGGAUCUUAGUGGAAAACGAUCCAGACCUCGCUCCAGGAGUCGUAGUACAAGUGGAAGCCACACUGAUCGACACAAACAGCACAAGAAACACAAGAAAAAGAAAAGCUCGCACAAAAGUUAUGAAAGUCCGAGUAGCUCGAAGUCACGCAAGUCAAAGAAGAGCAACAAAAAAUCAUCGUCAUCGUCAUCAUCUUCAAGGCACAGAUCACGAUCGCGGACACCAUCUUACAGACAUCAGCACCGAUCAAAGCACCCGCGUAGGCCAAGCAAUUCCAGCGAUACGGAUUCAAGUUCACCUUGAGCAUCGUUUGCCAUUAUCUGAUUUCGAAAUAUUGCGAUAAGAGGACCGUGUAAAGAUGUAUAUAUAAUAUACGAUAGUCGCUAACAGAGUUAAUAUCCAUUUUGUCAAAAACAAAAUAAAAAGGAGAAAUGGAUGGUCAAUAAAAGUAAGCUCAUGUGAAACCUGUGCAUGAAAUUGACGUUGAAGAA